AUGGUCAGCAUGAUGAGGUUCUGGGCGACGAGAAAGCAGAAAGUGACGGAGAGGACGUGUUGUACGCGCUUUGGGCCGGACAUUGCCAACCAUUUAUCAAGGGGAGGAAACACUGGCAUGAUUGGCGGAGUGAGUUCAGCACUGGAUGACAUGCGUGACAGAGGUGUUGAGCGAGUUGAGAUGAGUGGCUAUGGGACUUGUGGUCUGAGACGGUACUGCGGACUGAGGUGGAUUUUUCGAGCAACGUCCAGGUCUCUGGCGCGGCACUUCGGCAACAUCAUGUUCAUACACCGUGGACCUCGCUUUUCUUUUCCCGGGCUUUGCAUUUAUUGGCAGGGGAAACCUCUGGAGGACAAGAGCCGAAAGCCCUUUCACGCGAAGACAAUGUGUGCAAGCUAUGUGCAGACCCAGUUCCGAGUACUCUCCUUGUUCUUUUGCAUCAGUGGCAGGUGCUGGAAUCAAUUGCCCCCGACCACGUCCCAUUGGCAAUUGCAGCGUCAAUAG